AUGUCGAAAGUAGCAUCACGUUUAAAGUCAGCAAAAAAAUUAAUGGAAAAAGUAGAUCAUAGUUCUAAAUUACAUACAGAAAUACCGGCUGGUUUAGCAUCUCCAAGUCCACCUCUUGGCUCACAAUUAGGACAGAGAAAUAUAAAUAUUGCCAAUUUUGUGAAAGAAUUUAAUCAAAAAACAGAACAUUUGAAAGAAGGCAUACCAAUACCAUGUAGGGUUAAGGUAAAUCCUGAUAGAACUUAUGAUCUUGUAAUGCAUAAACCUCCGACAUCGUAUUACCUAAUGCAGGCUGCUGGUAUUCAGAGAGGUGCUAUGAACUCAGGAAAAGAAACUUCCGGUAAAAUAACUUUAAAACAUCUGUAUGAAAUAGCUAAAAUAAAAUCUGAAGAUCCACCAUUGAGUUUGUUGACACUGGAACAAAUAACACAGAUGUUUGUUGGUAUAGCUAGAACGAUAGGUAUUCAAAUAGUUCGUGACUUAGAUGCUGAUGAAUAUGCUAAAUUUUUAAAAGAACGAGAAGUUAUUGUUGCUGAGCAAAAGAAAGCAAUUCAGGAGGCGAAGGAAGCUAAGAUGUUACGAACAGCGUAG